CGGAAGGCCGCGCCUUGGAAUGAUGCGCAUGCGCGGAGGGAGGGAAACAAUGGAGCCGGGUCAUGUGGGCCGCGGGUGGUUUUUUUGAAUGGUGCGGCGGCGGGAGCGCGGUAACGGCUGUUGGCGGUGAGAUGGAUAAGGUGGUGAUUGGAUCCCUGAAAGUGAAGGACUGUGUGAUAUUCCAAUGCAAGAAGUGCCACACUGUAUUGGGAGAUUCUCUGCAGUGCUGUGGUUCCAACACAACGCUCAAUGUGCUGAUGUGUUUAAGGGUGACUGAGAAUGUGACAUUGGAUCCUACUAUUUUAAUAGGAUGUGGAGGGCCCCUGUCUGAAUGUCUUUACAAGCCCUUGUACUGCAGCUUCUGUAGAGCCAAUGUGGGUGUUGUUCCUUUCUCUACAACGGAUAUGUUGUCUCACCUGCGUGGACUGUACUGUUUGGACAAAGAAAUGUUGCACUGCUACAUGUUGCAGAGCAAUUCUGUCGUGGAAGCCUCUGCCCUGAACCUUGAACCACAGAGCUUAACCCAGCACAUAGGAGAGUUGAAAAGGCAGAUUGUGGUGGCUCACUGUCGCCUGAUGGCUGCAACGAAGAUGCUGGAUGAAUUGAUUGGAGAGGAGAGUGGGCUUGGGACUAGCACCCUUGACCUAGAACAUAAGUCCAAACUAGAGAAGAACUGCAGGAUUUAAGGUUUUGCUUCAAUUUGGACUACGAGAAGUAAUGCCACUGUUAAUCAAGUCAGUCUUGGAUGAAGCUUUUGACAGUAUUGGAAAGGAAAUUUCACCUUUUCCGAAGGAAUUCUGGCCUUACUGGGUCAAAGCCCAGCUAAUGGAGGAAGCAGCACUACAUUUUAAUCGCAUGUGAGCCCCUUCCCCCAUGGUUGUGAGAUCUGGGUUGUAUAACUUGCUCUCUGAUUGUGAAUUGUAAUAUGCCCACACAGACCAAAUACCCUGCCAGAUCAAACCCACUGUAAUGAUACUUGCCAUCCAACAUUCAGAACUGAAGCACACCCUUUCACUGUUCACUUGGUUUGAUCAAGUCCACAUCAGUCAAUCUAAACUACCUAGGACUGUAACACAUGUAUAAUACACAGCAGUCCUAAUAAUGCUCAGAUCUGCUGUCUGGUAUUUAGCUAUAAUGUACCCGCACAGAUGUUGGUUGGCAAUUAUGUUCAUCAUGUAGUUAAAUUGUAAAUAGGAUGGCUAAUUCUCUAUUCCAUUACCAGUGUGUAAUGCAGUUCUAGUAUAAUCAUUGAUUAAAAUAUUUGGCCAAACUCUCAACCCAUUUGGUUGGAUUGUGUUUAUAUGACAUGACAGUUUGAUUGAUUAGAGUUUCUGAAAGGCACUUCCUGAAUUAUUAAAUCCCAGAAGCAGCUAGUGCCCUAAACUGACUUUAGCUUUAAGAAUUGGAGGGCUAUGGCUUACCACUUGCUCCUUAUUAACACUUUCAAAUACUGGGGUGGUGAUCCACUUGGAACAUUGAUCAAAAAAACACGAAUGCUAUUUACAUGUAUGACAGCAUUAACCUUUCACACCACUGUUGGAAGUGUGGGUGAAUAUUAUUAGGUGCAGCCUAACCUUUGAUAUCAUCUAAUACUUGGUACCAUUUGGACUGAAUUGGUGACCAAACAGAAUUCCAUUGUCUCAGAUUACGUUCCAACAGUGAAGUUUCAUGCUUUAUUUAAUUUUGUUCAAAUUAGUGAACUAACUGCUUCAAGAAUUUUGAUCUGGUUUGAAUUACAAUAUAUUACAGUAAACAAGCCAUGUAGUAAAUGGUUUGGAGCAAAUUCAGUGCUCUUGUGUAUUUUCUGUCUCGUUCUUCGUGCUUUUGACAUGUUUUUUGGAAUAAAUGGAUAAGGCCUGUUUGAUUCAUUAACAGAAUUUAUAAUAUUAAACUAAGUUUCUGUUAUUCUAUGUCUAUUUGUACUCAUGAUCUCAAGUCACGAGGAGUCAUUUUCUACUGUUAAUUAGAUUGACUAUGUGAUAUUAAACAUGCAUUUAAUAGAGUUC